AUGGAUUUGUCCGGCCGUCCACCGGGCUCGGAGCUCGCGCAGCGUCUCUGUGGCUUGCCGAUGCCGCUCAUACAGUGCGACGACUGCACGCGGAAAGUGUUGCAGCUAACUUCGGGCACGCCGAAGCACCCCGGAUGGGUGUUCUUCAAAUGCGAAAACGACGGGAUCCAGAACUUCCGGGUGCCGUUGACUGCAGAACAGAUCACUCGGAGCCUGGAGGCCUACUUACUGUGGAUUUUCGGCAAGGUGAUGUUCACGGAGAACCAUGUCACCACUAUUAGCGCCCUCUACAUCCCUAUGGCACUCGAGAUAGCGAGCGCUCAGACGGCGGAUCAGAUCAGACAGAGGAGUUGGGGUUUGGCGGUCUUAGCGGCUACAUACCGAGAUAGUUCGAUGCUAGCGGCUACUAACUUUUCUUCUCUGCAGAGACGCUUUGCUAGUGAUCAGACCAGGAAGGCAUACACAGCAUUGAACGAGCAGUUCGAUGCGUACACCGGGGUCAUCUGGCAGCCCUACACGGAAGCAGCCAUACAAGCGAGAUACCCUGGUGGUAUGUCUGUGCUAUGCAUAAGGGACCGACAUUACUGGAUGACAAAAUCUAAGAUCAUCUUCGAUGUCUUCGUCGAGGAGAUGGCACAACAGAGGGUUAUGAGGCAAUUUGGUCUUCUGCAGUUGGAGCUACCUCCCCCUAUAGAGAACCCGGUGCCAGCACACAUCCACAGGACGACAAGGAAGGGCAUGACCAGGACUACUGCUGACUGGCUAGUUAGACUAGAGCCGUAUGUUAUAGAAUGGGAGACAUCAAACACAAAUCUAUGGCACGAGAAUCACAAUUUCGAUCUCGAUGAAUUCAAUCUCUAUUUGCGGCGCUACAUGACCGGAACACAGUUACGCAUUGUUGAGUACUCCCACCCAGAGGAGAUACCGGAUCCUACUCCGUCGGAUAUGUACCCGAGCUAUGAUACUUCGGGCUCUAGGCAGUACGCGGCUACCUUGACACGCGAACUCUACGACGACGUGACCACCUUUGGACGAUCACUAUCGUCUGGACCUCUUCUUCAGCAUCGUCCAGUGCUACAGCCCUUCUUCGAAAGAAUUCAGAAUAAGAUACGGACUGUGUACGAGGCUAUCACGUGCACCCGGAGAACCGAUGUUGUUCAGCACCAGCAGGAGCAGCCGCGUCACUCCAUGCACCGACAUCAACCACGUCCACGUCUAGCACAUCAGCCGACAACCAGGCCACCCCGUCCUGACCAACCUGACAGUUCUACGUGGCACCCGCAGCACUAUGGUCCCACGUCGAGCUUCGUGUUUUCUCCACAGCCACAGCAACACGGUCCCUCGUCGAGCUUCGUGUUAUCUCCACAGCCACAGCAGCACGGUCCCUCGUCCAGUUUCGUGUUUGAGCUAGAGCAGACGUCACAGCCAGCAGGUAUGUGUCUUCAUAUUUAUUGUUUUCAAUAUUAAUUGACGCGACCUCAUUCUUCAUGAUGAAACGUUCCAUCGCGUAGGAGCCUAUGGAUAUCAGGCGUCUAUGUCGGCAUCACAUGAUACGUGGGGGAGUGAUCAACAUCCCGAGGAGAACAUACAGGCUCAGAUGUCGCAGCACACCCAGUGGAUGAACAUGUUUUCGACUCCUCCACCAGGCCCCACACAGGAUACACAGCAUGACCAGGGAGAGUCUGAGAUUCCUCCUCGUCACAUUAGGGCACCC